GAGUUAGGACUUCUGUGUGAGCUGAGCGUUCUGCAGCCUUCCCUCUGCACGCUCUGGCUCUAGUGUCUAUGGAUCCGCGGAUCGAUGCGCCGCUCCUCUGUCUCAUCCUUGUUCUGUCUGAUAACCUGAUCUCUCAAGGGAACUUCAUCCAACCCAUCAACAAGCUUAUCAAUGACUCCGUUACAUUCACCAUGGAGCCGGCUGAAUGUGCCCCAGAAGACACCACCAUCAGGUGGAAAAGUGAAGAAAAAUAUCAGGAAAUUGGAUUAUGCAGAAAUAGUCAUUUAGACGGGGCCAGUACUCAGUUUCACAAGCGCAUUGAGUGCAACAGUGACACACAGGUCACUAUCAGGAACCUGACGAAGGCAGAUAAUGGACUGUACAGUCUCUCAUAUACGUUACCCUGCAAAGUGAGGAAAGAAGUGAAAAAUUACAAUCUUAUUGUUUAUGAGCCUGUUCCUGCUCUGCACAUAGAGAAAGAAGUGGACAGGAAUUCCGCUUGUUGGUGCAAUUUUACUCUUCAUUGUUCUGUCCCAGUAAACUCCUCAGUGGAUUGGUACCAUUGGCAGAAGGGAAGGAAUGAGACCGGGUACCAGCACUAUAUGAAUGGACCCUCCAUCCAAGUGUCACUGGAGAGCCAAUCACUGGGGCCUUUAGAUGAGGAGUAUGUCUGCACUGUGUAUAACCCAGCCAAUCAGAAAAGCACCUCCAUUCAUAGAAAGGACAUCUGCACUCUUAUGGCUGAUAGUUCCAUUCAUUGUAGCAAUCUUCAGAGAACUUCCAAACUGCUCAUCUUUAUCAUUUGCAGUACUGUUGCCUAUGUGAUUUUGGCAAUAACGAUUAUUUUUAGAGCAAUCCUUCUAAAAAAUGGCAAUUUUCUGACCACCAAGUAGUCAAGGAAAUUGGCAAAAGAGACUGCUCUGGUGUUCUUCUGCUUAGGAAAACAAUUAGGAACCAUUCUCACAUCUUUCCUAAGCAGAAGAACAUCAGAGUAGUCUCUUUCUUUCUCCUGACACAGAUACUGAAUAUGGUGCCCUUGAGCUCUGCUGCGCUACUCUUCAUGAAUAUGCUAACAUUAAUGCCAGGGACAAAUUUUUCAAUCAGGUUCUAUGCAGAGAGGAGGGAGGGGGAUGGGGGUUUCAUUUAACGGGGUUUAGUUCUCCUUUAAGUCUAUAAAAAAUCAUUGAA